AUGCCAGAGGAGGUUCCACGUCUGGGUGCGAGUGUGGGAGGAAGAGGAGGAGGUCCUACCUCAGCUUCUCCUCCUCUCCUAAGCAGGGAGAUCCAGACAUCACCUUUGACCUCUGCUGUCCCUCUCUGUGUCUCUACAGGUGACGGGACGCUCAGAGUCUGGGAUGUGAAAGCAGCAGCAUGUCGAUUAACCAUCCCAGCGCACAAAGCUGAGAUCCUGAGCUGUGAUUGGUGCAAAUACGACCAGAAUAUUGUUGCCACGGGCUCGGUGGACUGCAGCGUGUGUGUGUGGGACCUGAGGAACGCCCGACAGCCUGUCAAUCAGCUACAAGGCCACACCUACGCCAUCCGCAGAGUCAAGUUCUCUCCGUUCAGCGGGACGAUGUUGGCGUCCUGCUCGUACGACUUCACUGUCAGGUAAGAGCCACUCUGCUCCUUUUUAUUUCUUUCCUCAACAGCACUCUGAUCAUGAAGCCCGGCGUGGGUUCUCGUCUCUGAAAGAUCUUUGAAUGAGUAAAGAUUUACAGAUUUAACUCGCUCAGGAUUAAUGAUCCGUGGAAAUGAACGAGGUUUAACAGUUUUAGAUUAAAACGUGUUUGCACAAAGUCGUUGAUGUUAAACAUUAGGAGAGGAAACCCCCGCAGAGCGUCUUCUUAAACAUCUCAGAAGGAAAUGAAGAUGACACACAUGAACAAACUCUAUCACAGAUGUCUCUCCUUCUUCAUGAUCCAAUCUAAUGUCUCCACACAUCCACUGGUUUUCAUUUAUUCUCCUGCAAGCACCCACUCAGAGUAAUUGGAAAAAAGAAGCUGAAGUGUAAAAAUCCUGCAGUUCCUGGAGUGUCCACUAGAGGCUGGCUGCAGAAGCACAGGAAG